AUGAAAUUACUUAUUUCUAUUAUUGCUUUCAUCAGCAUUUUAGCUAUUGCCAAUGCAGAGUUAGGUAUCGAUGUCUCUUCUGCAACUUCACAAAAAAUGACAAGCUCACAAUGGUCUUGUCUUGCUCAAAAGAACCAACGUGCGAUCAUCCAAGUUUGGUCUGGUGGUUACGGUAUGAACAAUGGUGUUGUCAGUGCUAUCCAAGCUGCUCAAAAUGCAGGUUUCCAAACUGUUGAUCUUUAUGCAUUCUUGUGUAAUCAAUGUUCAGGUAACUCACCAUCAUCCAAUGUAAUCCAACAAAUCGUAAGCAAAAUAAAGCAAAGCGGUGUUUCAUUCGGUACUCUCUGGAUUGACGUUGAGCAAUGCUCUGGUUGUUGGGGUUCUACAAGUGCCAACGCUGCUUUCGUUGUUGAAGCUGUCCAAACUGCUGCCUCUUUGGGUGUCAGAGUUGGUGUUUAUUCAUCAUCUGGUGAAUGGCCACAAACUGUCGGUACUCUCACUUCACUCUCCUCCUACCCACAAUGGUACGCUCACUACGAUGGUGUCCCAGCCUUCUCUGAUUCUGGCGCCUACCAAUACGGAGGUUGGAACAACCCAGAGAUGAAACAAUACGUCGGAAACACCAACCAAUGUGGUGUCUCUGUUGAUCUUGACUUUUACGGUAGCUCUUCAUCCUCUUCCUCAGCCUCAUCUACCACCCACACAUCAUCAUCAUCGGGUCCAUCAUCAUCGGGUCCAUCAUCAUCGGGUCCAUCACACUCCAGUUCAUCAUCAGGUCCACACACUAGCUCUUCAUCAGGUCCACACUCAUCGGGUCCAUCAUCAUCAGGUCCACACUCCAGUUCAUCAUCAGGUCCAGGUACCAGCUCAGAGUCAUCCACCUCAUCCAACCCAACCUCAUCCAACCCAACUUCGUCAAACCCAACUUCAUCAAACCCAACCUCGUCCAAUCCAACUUCAUCUAACCCAACCUCGUCCAAUCCAACUUCAUCAAACCCAACUUCAUCUAAUCCAACUUCCUCAUACACUGUUUCAUCAUCAUCAGGUCUCGGAUGGGAACCAUCAAGAAAGCUAAGAAUCUAUUAA